CAUGGGGCCGUUAUUGUACGUUACCCCGCAUUGCCGACAUCCGUAGCACCACGCGCCUAAACACUUGGGAAAAAAAUCCGUUAUGUGUGGAUCCAUAUUGGGGGGUCUGAAUGCUGCUAAAUCGGCCAAGCAUUUAUGUUUUCUUUAAUUACUCUCUCCUCACACAAUGGCUGUGAUAUUAUUAUAUUUAUCUUGUGAAUUUCGCCCAUUUCUUUACUGUUUUUCUCGGUUUUAAUUUUAAUUUUUUUUUUUUUAAUUUUGGGUUUUUGGAUCGUGGGAGUAAUGUUUGUGGAUCGUUGUUGUGUUGUAGUGGUUUAUGGGUUGGGUGGAUCUUGAAUUUUUCAGUCCCCUUUUGUAACCCUAGUUUUUGUAUUUUCUCUGUUACAUUUCUUGAAGAAGGAGGAAGAGAGGAUUAGUGAUUUGGGGGUGAUUAGUGAGAGGAUUAGUGAUGGGUAUUAUAAGCACAAUCAUGGGGGUUUUUGGAUUUGGGAUUGGGACAACAAUUGGGAUUGUGAUUGGGUAUUUCAUGUUUAUAUACUCUCAGCCAACUGAUGUGAAGGAUCCAGAUAUUCGUCCCUUGGUCGAGAAAGAUUCCAAAAGUCUCGAACAACUGCUCCCGGAAAUACCCGUUUGGGUUAAAAAUCCAGAUUAUGAUCGGAUUGAUUGGCUGAACAAAUUCAUUGAAUAUAUGUGGCCGUAUCUGGAUAAGGCAAUUUGCAAGAUGGCGAAGAAAAUAGCCGAACCAAUCAUAGCUGAGCAAAUUCCCAAGUACAAAAUCGAUUCAGUCGAUUUUGAAGCUCUUACUUUGGGUUGCCUACCUCCUACUUUCGAAGGAAUUAAAGUAUACAACACCGAGGAAAAGGAAUUGAUAAUGGAACUAGGCCUUAAAUGGGCAGCUAAUCCUAACAUCCUUGUUGCUGCUAAGGCAUUUGGAUUGAAAGCUACCGUCCAGGUGGUGGACUUGCAAGUAUUUGCUUGCCCUCGUAUCACAUUAAAGCCACUGGUUCCUAGCUUCCCUUGUUUUGCUAAUAUACACGUUUCCUUAAUGGAGAAGCCACAUGUCGACUUUGGAGUGAAGCUUCUCGGUGCUGAUGCUAUGUCAAUACCUGGUGUAUACAGAAUUGUGCAGGAACUUAUCAAAGAUCAGGUUGCGAAUAUGUAUCUAUGGCCGAAGAGACUCGAAGUUCAGAUAAUGGACCCCGCUAAAGCAAUGAAGAAACCGGUGGGAAUUCUGAACGUCAAUAUUCAAAGAGCAAUGAAACUCAAGAAAAAGGAUCUUUUAGGAGCAUCUGAUCCUUAUGUAAAGUUGAAACUCACAGACGACAAACUCCCGUCCAAGAAAACGACGGUCAAACAUAAAAACUUAAAUCCCGAAUGGAACGAAGAAUUCACUUUCGUUGUUAAGGAUCCCGAAGCUCAAGUUCUAGAGCUCAAUGUCUUCGAUUGGGAACAGGUAUAUAUAUAUCUGUUUUUUCGUAUUUUUUUUUAUUUUUUAUUUUAUAAUUUAAAUAAAAUUGUAUUUGUUUUACAGGUCGGGACACAUGACAAAAUGGGGUUGAAUGUAAUCCCGUUAAAAGAGCUGACACCAGAGGAGCCAAAAACGUUCACUCUCGAUCUUCUCAAGAAUCUGAAUCCGGACGAUGUUCAGAAUGAGAAAUCGAGAGGACAGCUCGUAGUUUUGGUCAACUACAAACCCUUUAAGGAGAACGAGGUUCCGACCAAUGUGGAAGAUUCCGAUGGGGUCCAGAAGGCUCCGGAAGGAACGCCAGCUGGCGGUGGCUUGCUCGUCAUUUUAGUCCACGAAGCUCAGGAUUUGGAGGGCAAGAACCAUACCAAUCCUUCUGCUCGUAUACUCUUUCGUGGCGAGGAACGCAAAACUAAGGUUGUAAAGAAAAAUAGAGAUCCGAGAUGGGAUGAGGAGUUUCAGUUCAUGUUGGACGAGCCUCCGACCAAUGAAAGGGUUCAUAUCGAAGUUACGAGUACUUCGAAAAGAAUGGGUUUAUUGCACCCCAAGGAAUCUUUGGGGUAUGUGGAUAUAUACCUGUCGGAUGUUGUGAGCAACAAGAGGAUAAACGAGAGGUACCAUCUCAUCGACUCCAAGAAUGGACGGAUUCAGAUCGAGAUGCAGUGGAGGACUUCGUCUUGAGGGGCAUUUCGGACAUUUGUGAAUAAUAAACAACAUAUGCAGCAAUGAAUUGUUUGAGUUUAGGAAUGAUUAUUUGUCUUUGUUUUUGUUUUGUUUUGGUAGUUUUUCGUUAAUUAUUUGUGCAUGUGUUUGGAUACGGUCGUAAUUAGUUUGAACUUUUACUUUUUUACGAGGAAUCAUUCGUCUGAUUUGUUCCUGGUGUGGAUUUUUAAAUUUUAAUUUUAAUUUGUCGUUGUGAAUUUGAAAUUUAACGUAU